GGUAUAAAACUGUCUGUAAGCUGUAGUCAAUAUCAAAGGCAGCCAGCAUUGUGGUCGUGCCCGAGUUUGUGCAAUAAACAGAUAACAAUUAAAUAAAAACUAUUUUGCGCGCACAAUUAUUGUGACUGGCCAUUAGAUAAAAAAAUAAAAAUAAGUUGCAUUUUAAAAAAUUCAACAUGGACUCCGUCUUUCGUCACUUUUUGUUAAUAAGUGUUUUGUUUCUGUUAAAUAACGAUGAAAGUUUUCAACAGGCGCUGGUUACUACCGAUGAUUUGGAGAAUCAUAUAAACCCUGAGGAUCUGCUCGAGUUUAUGAAGAUGCAACCGGAGACUACCGAGCCUGAUGUUAUUCCCCUCAGCGAUAGAUUUGCUGAUCCUAUGGUAACCACAACGGGUCUUCCAGUGCCAGACAUCGUGGACUGCUUCGGUUUGGGCUCCCUAACGCGGCAGAUCAUAAGCCUUUUCAACAUGAAGCCUGACCCUUCCAACACCGUGAAUACACACUUCUACUUCUACUCGCGUGGUAUGCCUGCCAGGGUUCAGGUAUUCCCCGGAGAUCAGUUCGGGCUGGAAUGGGUAGACUUCAAACCGCAUAGGAAGACCGUGAUGAUAGUCCACGGUUUCAUGAGUCACAGCAACGCUUCCUGGGUCACUGACAUGAUGCAAGCAUUAUUAGCAUGGGGGGAUGUCAAUGUCAUUGCUGUGGACUGGAGUGGAGGUGGAAAUACUUGGAAGUAUUGGCGAGCUGUUGCAAAUACGCGAAGAGUUGGCUCUGAUGUUGUUGGAUUCAUGCGUCAGUUGAUGGCUGCGACUGGGGCGAGGACGAAAGAUAUGCAUUUCGUAGGACACAGCUUAGGUGCACACAUCGCAUCAUACGUGUCUUAUCAUUUGGGUAAAGUGGCACGAAUUACUGGUUUGGAUCCCGCUCAACCUUGCUUCAGGACAACUGACUCUACAGAACGUCUGGAUGCUACAGACGCGGAUUUUGUGGACAUCAUUCACACUAACGGGCGACUGUUAUCUAAAAUUGGGUUCGGAUUUCCUGAUCCUGAUGGCGAUGCCGACUUUUAUCCAAACGGUGGUAUGAAGCAGCCGGGUUGCUUUAACGGAACUAGUUCGUGGUUAUCUCUCGUGCCAUAUGCUAUCAGAUUACAGCAAGCUAUAUGCAGCCAUGGACGAGCAUACUUGCUCUUCACGGAAUCGUUGAGAAGCCACAACUGCACUUUUAGAGGACAUCGGUGGGACUUGACUUAUGAAGGAGUUAACGCAAGCCUCAAAGCAGCGUGCGAUAGAAUAGGUUCGUGUUCGGAGAUGGGCAUCAGAGCAGCCGGACUGGACGGCUUGCCGCGAGCCAGAGGACAAUACUUCGUGCUCACCACGGAUAAGGAGCCUUAUUGUCCGUCGGAAUGGGAGCGUCGCCAUCCCCUACCGGAGUUACUAAUGGAUCUUCGCAAGGGCUUCCUACUGGACCAGUUACGGAAGACCACCACAACUGUUCCUACCAUAAACAAGGACUACGCUGACCCCUUGGAAAGGGGAUUCGAUGUAGCAGACCUUACUACCACGCAAAAGCCUUGGUACAAAAGAAUUUUCGGUUGAACGGAAUAUCGGAAUCCCAUAGACUUUGGGACACUGCGUUUUGAAGGGUGUCGGACUGAAACGUAAUUUAGUGAUAUUAUUCUAAGUUAGUUAUAAUUAAGUUUGCGGUCCUAGAAGAACCAAAGGGUCUUCAAAUAAGAAUUCUGUUAAAUUAUUGAUUUGAAGUUAGAAUUAGAAAGAGAUUAUGGUUGCAAUUAUGAAAUAGUUUGACUAUCAUGAGUUUGCAAUCGGUUUUAAGCUAACCAAUCAGCUUUGUAAGGUAGAGAUUGAUUCUUAAUUUACAAGAGUUUAUUUUUUAAAACGAAGAAAUGAGAGUCAGUAAGUAAUAAAGUGUAGAAUUUUACAUUAUAGAAACUCGGAUCUCGAUUAUUGGUAGAACUUGGAUCAAAUCUUGUCAUAUACUUUGUCUAGCUAGUAUCUGUAGUAUGUCUAUAUAAUAUAGUAGUUCUUUAUUUAGACUUUAGAUCUGUAAUUUGUGUAAGAACAUACUAUUUGAAUGCAUUUGUAUAGUUAUUAUGUUUCGACAGUUAUUGAUACUAUUUAUAUUCUAAAUAAACGUUUAUCUUAAUUGUG